UCCUGUUAACACUGCAAACAGGUUACAGCGUUUUGCCCUUACGCUUUUAAUGUACGAUUUUGAAAUCGAAUAUGUAACCACGGAGAAAUUUGGAAAUGCCGACAUCCUAUCAAGAUUGAUAAGCGAGCACAGCAAGCCAGAUGAAGACUAUAUAAUCGCCAAUUUGGAGCUAGAGAAGGAUGUAAAAUCAGUAGUCAUCAGCAACAUCUCAUCCCUACCAAUCAAUUUUACGGAAGUAGCCAAACAAACGGGAAAAGAUUCAAUUUUAUCAAAGGUACUACAUUUUACACAAAACGGUUGGCCACAUAAUACUAUUUAUACAGGAGAAUUAGCAAGUUUUUAUGCAAGAAGGGAAGCGUUAUCAGCAGUGGAUGAGUGUCUAUUAUUUAGCGAGAGAGUCAUAAUUCCAAACAGCGCUCAGGAACGAUGCCUCCGACAGUUCCAUCGUGGCCAUCCUGGCAUUCAAAGGAUGAAAUCGUUAGCUCGUAGCUACGUAUAUUGGCCAUCCAUCGAUAAAGACAUAAGCGAAUGCGUAGCCUCUUGUGAGAGGUGUCAAGCUGUUUCAAAGUCACCUGCUCAUUCAACUCCUAUUCCUUGGCCUAAACCUUCAUCACCAUGGCAGCGUGUGCAUAUCGAUUACGCUGGCCCUCUGGAAGGGGACUAUUUUUUAAUUGUCGUGGAUGGAUACUCAAAAUGGCCAGAGAUUGUAAAAACAUCAAGCAUUACGGCAUCGGCGACUAUAGCAAUUCUACGAGGAAUAUUUUCACGUUUUGGAAAUCCAGUCACGCUUGUAAGUGACAAUGGCACGCAGGUUACUAGCGAGAUUUUUGCUGAUUUUUGCACUCACAAUGGCAUAGAACAUCUGAGAACAGCACCAUUUCAUCCUCAGUCAAAUGGCCAGGCUGAGAGGUUUGUAGACACGUUCAAGAGAUCGAUGAAAAAGAUUAGUGCAGAAGAUACAUCACUUCCGGAGUCAUUGGACAUAUUUUUACAAACCUAUCGAUCGACUCCAAAUCCGUCCACAGAAGAAAAGAAAUCACCAGCUGAGCUAAUGUUAGGUCUUAAAAUGCGAACAACUUUGUAUCUGCUUCGUCCUACCUUAAAUCCAUUUAAACACAGUGUACCUGAGAAGGUGAGAGAGUUGUCCUGCAGAGAGUUAGUGUACGUCAAGACGUACAGCAGAAACAUUUGGAAAUGA